AAUCCCCAGAUUUCACCUCCGUAUCCCAUCAGCUCGCUCGACUCUCGCCUCAUUGCGAAGGGGGGUCGCCGCCCGUAUGACUCGCUGCAGGCUUUCAGGACAUCUUGGUUCUAGGAGCAGCGAUCGAGCUGUCCUGCAGGGCUCUCGAUUGCGCACACAGACUACUGCGUCACGGCCAUCGGGGUUAGCCUUACCUGAGGCCGUUCGAGGCGAGCACUUUGCUUCUUGCCACGACGAUGAGGCAUGUGUGAAGCCUCAGCGCGCGCUGGUGAGACACGGAUCGGGCUAAAUUGCUUCAACGCGGAAGAGGCGGAGAUGGGGUCAUGCGGUGCUUCUUCCGUCCUGGAACAGGGUGGACAGGCCAAGACGGAGCGUCUGGGUGGGAAAGGAUCCUUUUAGGAGCUUGCCCAAGGCUACUUGGACGGGGCACAAGAGAUGCAACCCUCAAACGAUGGCUCGGGAAGCCGGACAUGUCAUACCCAGGCACAGGAGCGCUGCCAGCAGGCUCCCAGACGCCAUUAUCCUCCAGCAGCAGCAUUUAGGGAAGGCACUGGGCCGGACAGAUGCAGGGGUUCUGGGGAUGCCAGCAGCCAAGAAGCAGCGGAGGGGACGGAGGUCUCUGACAGCGAGUCACCAAAGCGGCGCAGGGGGAAGCGGAAGCUGCCAGAAGUUGACUACUCCGCCAUCGAGGACCCGGCAGAGCUGCGGCUACAGCGGCGCCUCGUCAAGAACCGGAGGACUGCGGCUGCCUCAAGGGAGCGCAAGCAGCGGGAGCUGGAUGAUUUGCACGUCAACGUGCGGGCACUCGAGGCGGACAACCAGGGGCUGCGGCAGGCUCUGCGCCAGCGCGAGUCGGAGCUCCGCUCGCUGCGCGUGCACAUGGCUUCCAUUCAGGGCUCUGCGCCACUGCCGACGCCGGCGCCGCUGCUCCCAGGAUUCCCCGCGUAACCCCCUGUGGUGGCUGGCGGUGGCGGCGCCGGGGGGCACCAGCGGGGGAACCCCCCGGGUGCCGGCUGGCCGGCCCCCGAAGGGCAGCCACUGCUGGCUCGGCCGCGCCUGGGCGGCAGCCUCCCGUCGCCGCAGGUUCCCUCGCUGGAGGAGGUGCAGCGCUUCCUGUCGCUGCGCGGCAGCAACAGCCUCCCUGCCACGGCCGGAAACGCCGUCAUCCGGGGUCCGGGUGGGCAAGUCCUGGGCGUUGUGCCUCUGCAUCAACUCAGCAUCUACCGGGAGCCGCCCGUCUUGCCGCCGAUGGUCUUUUCCUUGCCAUUGGAUGGGCAGGGCCUCAUGGAGCGCUCGCAGCCCUGCUCUGCCCUGCCGGGCGGUCCCAGUCCCCGCCCGGGGGGUCCAGCAGGAGCGGUGGCGCUACCGCCGGGGGUCCCGGAGGGCCAGCCGCUGCUGAGGGAACGCUCGGGGUCAUACCCGCCAGGUCAGCAGCAGCACAUGCCGGCACAUGCAGGGGCGCAGCCCAUCGCACAAGAGCGACACCCUCUGGAACGCGCCUGGUUUCCAGGAGUGUCCAAUAGCGACACAUUGGACCAAGUAGAGAUGGAUGGUGCAUUAUGGUGGGAACUGUAGCAAAGGAUACUCAGCAAGCGUCGAACUUCUGUUCCUCAGCGCAAGACACAUCUCACUUGAUGGUGUGCAGCCAGAGUCUGUAGACCAAACUGCAGUGCUGCCAGGGGCAUCCCAGCAAGUAACAGGACAUUGCCAGGCGCAAGACACGUCUCACUUGAUGGUGUGCAGCCAGAAUCUGUAGACAAAACUGCAGUGCUGCCAGGGGCAUCCCACCAAGUAAUAGGACAUUGCCAGGCACUAGUGUCCGAUGUGUGUCUUUGGAGGGAGGCUGACAAUGGAGUGCAGCUUCCUAUGGACUUCACGGUGCAAGCGCGCAUCAGAUCUCAUUACAUUGAUCUUGUGGGUUUUCUAAUUUUGACUUCACUCCUGGGUCUUGCUGCAUUCGGCAUCAAGAAAGCACUCGUAUUUCCUAAUAAACGGUGUUGUGUGGCUACAGACUCCCCAAUAUUGGCUAUCUGAUUUCAUAGGUAACCAACU